CCGACUUCAGUCUGGGGUGUUCGUCGUGCCGGACGAAAUGGCGUCCAGUCUCGAAUUUCUGCUUUCUUCCGUGGUUUUUUGCUUCUUCGGUGUUCGGGGAGCAAUGGGACAAGAGUAUCAUCUGUAUUUUGUGUGCGACCAAAAUAUGAAAAAUUGCCACCUGCAGGUUCAGACGACGGAAAACGAUAAUUACAUCGUUGAGACGGCUUUCCUCGUUUUCAUCGUCUUGGUGGGAUUUUGCUCCAACUUCCUCAUCGUGGUCACCGUAGCUUCGAGCAUCAAGCUUCGGCUGGUUCCGAACGUCGCCAUCCUAUUCCAGAUCGCCCUCCUCAAUCUCUUCGAGAUCUGUCUGAAUAUCACCAUGGGGAUCGCCUAUAGAUCCAGAACCAUCUGGUACUCCAACUCCAUGCUCCCGUGCAACAUCAACGUCUAUUUCUGUCGAGUCGUCCCCAUCAUUCUCGUCUAUUUCAUGCUUUACCUCACUCUGGAGCGAUACCUCACCUUCAAGCAUCACGUCCAGUUUCGGAAGAUGGUGACGUCCACGAAGGUCCAAAUCCUGUGCCUUGCGACCUGGUGUCUCGUCUUCGUGUGCCUGGUCCCCAUCCCCUUGGGGCUCUUCACCUGUUUCCCCUCCGAGGCGAGGUACGCGUGUGUCCUCUUAGAUCCGGUCGCUCGGGUCAUGGAGAUCGCGAUCGCGGCGGCUGGGCUCGGGGUUCCUCUUCUCACGAUCGGCGUCAUCUUCGUCCUCGUCGUCUGUUACAUCAAGAGGGAGCACGAGGAGGAUCAACGGAGCGUUCGACCCCGAGGUCAAACCGUUUCAAAUUUGAUCUUCAAGACUCCGAAACUCAUUCAAGAAUCCAUGCCGAGUCGAACUGCCGGGCUGGUGUUGAUAAUUUUCCUGAUUUUUCCUCUCCCGAACAUGAUUCUGGUCGAAGUCGAGAACAUCAUGAGGACGACCCGCCCGAUACCACGGAAUUCGACGGCGGCAAACGUCAGCGGCAUCGACAGUAAUGUUUUACCGGAAGUCCCCGGAAACCAGAUUGAGAUGGCCUUUACCUGGCUUCGCUUUCUCUUCGUCGUCAUGUUUCCCUUGGCCGUUUACCUUCUCCACGGAGACUUAAGGGCGAAAUCGGCAUCGUUGGUCGCGUGCUGGAGCAGCGACUUCAUCUUCAAAGCAGCCGCGACCAGGGCCAUAUCCGCCACUCUACCCCGUCGCCUCAACGGCAGCAAGUACAAGGACUUCGAGAACAAUGGGAAGAGGAAGAGGAGAUCCCAGGUGAAUUUCAAGACACCCCUUCUCUUCGCGAUGAGUGAGGGUCUCUACUUGAGGACCCCGGACAGCGAAUACGGCUCCAAGAAGGGAAGGCAACAGACUCGUCACAGGCAGGAAACCUCCAGAACCCAUUGGGCAGUCAUGCCCGAGUUCGUGCAGAAACUCUGCGACAACUUCCUCGUCGUCGACGUGACGGCGAGCAGCGAAGGCUCCGUGGAGAGCGAUGGAAUCCGAGUGGUGGAGGUCGAGGAGACUCCCACUCCGGUGAAGGAGGAGCCGAAGGUUCCCGCCCUCGUCAUCGUCGUGGAAGAUCCUCCGCGACUCGAAGAUCACGAGAGGGGGGCGAAGAAAUCGGUUCAUUUUGCCUCCACUUCCAGGCUGGUUGUCGAGAUCCCCGGUUCCAUCGGGCCGAGAGAAGACGACGAGGAAUUACUCCUGGGGGAGGAUUCGGGCGAGGGCGUCUCGCGACAGAGUAGCGGCCAAAAGGAACCCCCUCGGAGGAGAUCGGUUUCGAAGAAGGUGCAGAUCCGGAUCCCCAUCUCCCACCGGAACCACGCCGUGCUCAAAGCGGCAAUUCCCAGUUUGUCCGGAAAGGGCUCCGGAGGCGUUUCGAAACCAGGGACCAAGAGGUCCUCGGCGAGUCCGACUGCCUUCACUGCGGCUUCGAAACGCAAAAGGUCCACCGUGAGUCCGACUGCCGCAACUACAGCCGCCAAACCCGGCACGAAGCGGUCCUCGGCGAGUCCAACCGUCGCCAAACCCGGCACGAAGCGGUCCUCGGCUAGUCCAACCGUCGCCAAACCCGGCACGAAGCGUUCCUCGACGAAUCCAACCGCCGCGAUUACUGCCGCCAAACCUAGCACUAAGCGGUCCUCGACGAGUCCAACCGCCGCUUCCGCCCCGAUCCUGAAGAAGCAGGCUGGGCCUGGAAGCGGGCAGGGCAAGUUGGGGUCACCGACCGACGACCCGGGCAAGAACCGCAAGAGGAAAAGGAUUCACACCACGUCCGUCGUCGAACUCGACAGCUUUUCCAACCUCAAAGGAAUAGUCUGACCUCGGAAGAGAGCACGGAUGAAAGGUGGGUGAAAGGUGGAUGGAAGGCGGAUGAAAGGUGAAAAGGUCCGGGACGAGAU